AUGGACAAUCGGUUGCGACUUACAACCACAAUAGAGGGCAUUAGGUAUCUAGCAAAUCAAGCAUUGACUUUUCGAGAUCACGAUGAAUCCGUUGACUCAUCUAACCGGGGCAAUUUCAUUGAAAUCUUAAAGUCUUUUGCAAGAAUGAAUAUAGAAGUUGAGAAAGUUGUUCUAGAUAAGACUCCUCAUAAUGCUCAGUAUAUUGCCCAUGAUAUACAAAAACAGAUCUUGCAUAUUUUUGCUACCAAGGUGAAGAAGAAAAUUUGUAGCGAACUUGGGAAGAAAAAAUAUUGUAUUCUUGUUGAUGAAUCACUUGAUGAAUCAGACACUAAUGCCUUGACUCUUAAACAAGAGAUAUGCAAAGUGCUUGAUAAUAACGGCUUUUUAGUGGAAAACAUGCGUGGCCAAAGGUAUGAUGGUGCUAGUAAUAUGCGUGGUUCAUGGAAUGGAUUACAAGCAUUGUUUCUUCAAGAUUGUCCAUAUACAUAUUAUGUGCAUUGCUUUACUCAUCGCUUGCAAUUGGCAUUAAAUGGUGCGGCUAAAGAUGUGAAGGUUGUAUGGAGAUUUUUUUCAAUGUUGACUAACAUUGUGAAUUUUGUUAGUGCUUCUGCUAAGCGCCGUAAUGAGUUAAAUUUAAUUCGAAAAGCUGAACUCAAAGAGUUGUUGGAUUCUGGGGAACUUGAGACAGGUAGAGGACUUAAUCAAGAUCGUAGUUUGAAACGAGCUGGAGCCACUCAUUAG